AUGGUUGUGGAGAUUGCCGUAGCGAAUAGUGCAAUUGUAUCCCCGCAGGAGGACGAGAACUUUGAGUACAGUUACAGCCAAAAGGGUAGCGGAUUUUUGGCUAUCAAGGGCGAUGCAGAAGGGCGACCAUUCGCAUUGACGAUACAGACAUUGGGGUUUCUUCUUGGAAGAGAUAAUGUGGAAGCAGAUGAUAUCCCGUUUGUUGGAUGUCAUGCCAAGGCUAUACAUAAAUCCCACAGAUGGAUCAUUACCAUACUACGACCUGCAGGUACGCAUGCCCCUUAA